ACUAGCAUUUUCUGGUCGACCUUCUCACUUGUUCUGUACUACUUUUUAAAAAUCAGUUUGUUAGUUCUGGCGUGGUGUCACUAGGAUAAUUGUUUUGUUCUGUUCUUUCUGCUUAAAUAUUAAUGAUACUGAGGAAGUCAAAAGGUAGCUUCAGUAAUGGUUGUCGCGGAGUAAGAUGGAUGGUAGCUUUGAUUGUGAUUGUGGUGAGCUGGAGCCACCUGAUCAUUAACAGAAGGCAUCUUUUGUAAAUCAAGAGCUGCCAGUUUCCUGUUUAACUAGACUGUAAACAAAGGAGAGGAAGAAGGAGGAAGAAGAAACAAAUAGUGCUUACCAGCACCAUAGAAUGACGCUGCUCAGGACCAGUCCAACACUGAAUGUAUCUGCACUGUGAGGAGGAGGAUGUUAAUAGAAGCCUAUUAUGUGCAUAUUUAUUCACAUUUUUGUUAAAUGUUAACCAGUUUAGCACAGUAGAGCUGAGUGCAUAGUAUGUCAUUUCAUUCCGUUUGAGUUUCUUGUGAGUAUUUUCUUUAAUGUCUGCAGAAAUGCUGCACCUUUCUUGAACUAUGAAUGCUGCAAUCUUUCUAUCUUAUGCUCAGUUUGAGUUCUAGAGCUUACGGGCUCUAAAUUCAAGGGGACACAACAGGCCUGGCUGGCUCAUGAUGAAAGAAGAGUGUCAAGAAACCAUCUUGCAGUCAAAGCCACGUGCUUCUUCUCCCUUUCUAUAAGACCUUUCCUUCAGAUACCAGUGGAAGUGUCUCCGCGUGUUUACAGAAGCUUAGUAGUUUGAGGAAAAAGAAACGUAAAGAAAUAUAAAAUGGCAGAAAAAUUUGAAAGUCUCAUGAACAUUCAUGGUUUUGAUCUGGGCUCUCGGUAUAUGGACUUAAAACCACUGGGCUGUGGUGGAAAUGGCUUAGUUUUUUCUGCUGUCGACAAUGACUGUGACAAAAGAGUGGCUGUCAAGAAAAUUGUCCUUACAGAUCCCCAGAGUGUUAAGCAUGCUCUACGUGAGAUCAAAAUUAUUAGAAGACUUGACCACGAUAACAUUGUCAAAGUAUUUGAAAUUCUUGGUCCUAGUGGAAGCCAGUUAACAGAUGACGUGGGCUCCCUUACAGAAUUGAACUGUGUUUACAUUGUCCAGGAAUACAUGGAGACAGAUCUGGCUAAUCUGCUAGAGCAAGGUCCUUUACUGGAAGAUCAUGCUAGACUUUUCAUGUACCAGCUGCUACGUGGGCUCAAGUAUAUUCACUCUGCAAAUGUUCUGCAUAGAGAUCUCAAACCAGCUAAUCUUUUCAUUAAUACUGAAGACUUGGUGCUGAAGAUUGGUGACUUUGGUCUUGCACGAAUCAUGGAUCCUCAUUAUUCCCACAAGGGCCAUCUUUCUGAAGGAUUGGUUACUAAAUGGUACAGAUCACCCCGUCUUUUGCUUUCGCCUAACAACUACACUAAAGCCAUUGACAUGUGGGCUGCAGGUUGCAUCUUUGCUGAAAUGCUGACUGGGAAGACCCUCUUUGCAGGUGCACAUGAACUUGAACAGAUGCAGUUGAUUCUAGAAUCAAUUCCUGUUGUACAUGAGGAGGACCGUCAGGAGCUUCUCAAUGUAAUUCCAGUUUACAUUAGAAAUGAUAUGACUGAGCCACACAAACCUUUAACUCAGUUGCUUCCAGGCAUUAGUCCCGAAGCACUGGACUUUCUGGAGCAAAUUUUGACAUUUAGUCCCAUGGAUCGAUUGACAGCAGAAGAAGCUUUGUCCCAUCCUUACAUGAGCAUUUAUUCCUUUCCAACGGAUGAGCCUAUUUCAAGUCAUCCUUUUCACAUUGAAGAUGAGGUAGAUGAUAUUCUGCUGAUGGAUGAAAGUCACAGCCAUAUUUAUAAUUGGGAAAGAUACCAUGAAAGUCAGUUUUCAGACCAUGACUGGCCUAUUCAUAAUAACUAUGAAGCUGAUGAAGUUCAGCGUGAUCCAAGGGCUCUUUCUGAUGUUACUGAUGAGGAAGAAGUUCAAGUAGAUCCUCGCAAAUAUUUGGAUGGAGAUCGUGAAAAGUAUCUGGAGGAUCCUGCUUUUGACACCCACUUCUCUACUGAGCCUUGCUGGCAGUAUUCAGAUCACCAUGAAAACAAAUACUGUGAUCUAGAAUGUAGUCACACUUGUAAUUACAAAAUGAGGUCAUCUUCAUACCUAGAUAAUUUAGUUUGGCGAGACAGUGAAGUUAACCAUUACUAUGAGCCCAAGCUUAUUAUAGAUCUUUCAAACUGGAAGGAACAGAGCAAAGAGAAGUCUGAUAAGAAAGGCAAGUCUAAAUGUGAAAAGAAUGGAUUGGUGAAAGCUCAGAUAGCGCUUGAGGAAGCAUCACAGCAACUUGUUGAAAAAGAAAGGGAGAAGAAUCAAGGAUUUGACUUCGAUUCAUUCAUAGCAGAAACUAUUCAGCUUAGUUUACAGCACGAGUCUACUGAUGUCGAUAAAUUAAAUGACUUGAAUAGCUCAGUAUCUCAAAUGGAGUUGAAGGGAUUAAUAUCAAAGUCGGUAAGCAGAGAGAAGCAGGAGAAAGGAAUAGCUAAUUUGGCACAGUUAGAAGCUCUGUACCAAACUUCUUGGGACAGUCAGUUUGUAAGUAGUGGGGAGGAGUGCUUCCUCAUAGACCAGUUUUGUUGUGAAGUAAGGAAAGAUGAACACGUUGAGAAAGAAAAUACUUACACCAGUUAUUUGGACAAAUUUUUUAGUAAGAAAGAAGAUGCUGAAAUGCUAGAACCUGAGCCAGUAGAAGAGGGGAAGCCUGGGGAGAAGGAAAGAGAAGAGAGCUUUCUUAGUAACAGUGGAGAACUCCUCUUCAACAAACACCUUGAGGCAAUAGGUAUUCCUCAGUUUCAUAGCCCUGUUGGUUCGCCACUGAAAUCAAUACAGGCCACGUUAACACCUUCUGCUAUGAAGUCAUCUCCCCAAAUUCCCCACAAAACAUACAGCAGCAUUCUGAAACAUCUAAACUAAAACACUCAGCAGACAUUUCUUUUAUAUUCAUGAGAUGUGUUUGUCUUUUUUUAUUACUAGUGUAAGUAAUUUUUUUACUUGAAUCAGAUGGUGUAAUUUUGGUAUGGAUUUCAUUAGCUUUCUGUUUACCAUUGUUUUUACAAUCCAGAAUUACUUUCUAUACAUGAGUUUUGUUUUUAAACUGGCAUGUCGUUUGCACACAAAAUUAAAGAAUAGAGCAAAAUAAUGCAAAAUGCAGGAGGUAACAAAAAUGCACUAAACCAAGUAAAAAAAAAAAAAACUUCUCUCAGUAAAAGUGUCCAUGUUUUGCAGAAAAAGAAUCUUGCCUUGAAAUUUACACAGUGAGACUGUACAUAAUUGCAUGAAUAUAUCUAUUUUUCCCAAAACAUUUUUUUCAUUCAUGCGUAUUUUAGAGUUUUUCAUACUGUACACAUUUCUUAGACACAUGAUACCAGCAGCAACUGAAAUGAAUGCAGAAUUUGGUACGCAUGUGUUAUCUACCUCAAGGUAACAGCAGUAUGUGGCAAAACAUUAACCACCCAUAGUGCUUCUCAUUAUGCACUUCUAUUUAGCCAGCAUUAUUGUAGUAGCUAUUCUUAUUGAAAAUCAUUCAAUAUUUAUAAAUGUUCUGGUAUGCAUUCUUUAUAGUGAAGUGUUAAUAUGCAGCACUUUUAUUUAUUUUAGCAAAUAAGUAUAUUUCUGUAAUUAUAGAAAGUCAACUUAAUUUUUGAGUUACUUUUCAGAUAAAAGUUUUUGUUUAGCACUAUGGUUUUAUUGCCUACAUAGCUGGAUAUAUAUUAACAUCGGCUUAUUCUGAGGCUAUCAAUACAUUUUUCUAGUUUUCAUUUCAAGUAAAGCACUCACUGUGUAUAGGAAUUUGUAAUUGGAGGUGCUUGAUCUCUACAAAAGAAAUUAGGAAUUGCUUUAUUAUAAAAUGCUCCUAGAAGUCCUAAUUGUGUUCAUUU